ACAAACAAACAAAGAAUGGAGCAAACGGGGCUUCAAAGGCAUGGCAAUUUCCACCCCCUCUUAACUUCUAAGCAAGCGUCUCUGUCCGGGAGAGGGAAGGGAAGUCUCAAGGCUGCUCCACGGAGGAGCCCCGCUUCUCCCGCUCCUGCGACUGGAGGAACCACUGCAGAGGUAGAAGAAACUUUAAAGAGGAUCCAGUCACAUAAAGGAGUUAUUGGAACUAUUGUCGUAAAUGCAGAAGGCAUCCCAAUCAGAACCACUCUCGACAACUCAACUACAGUACAAUACGCAGGUCUCCUCCAUCAACUCACGAUGAAAGCAAAAAGCACAGUGAGAGAUAUCGAUCCUCAGAAUGAUCUGACCUUUCUCAGAAUUAGAUCAAAGAAACAUGAAAUCAUGGUUGCCCCAGAUAAGGAAUAUCUUCUGAUCGUUAUCCAAAAUCCUUGCGAAUAGACCAACCACACCAAUUUUAUGGGAACUGUGCUACAAUUUUAAAAUAACAUUUACUACAGAUAUACAGUCUUAGCAUACCACUAAGAAGCUUUUCCAGUAACUUGUCAGGAAGUUUGCAAGCUAAAAUCUCUCACGUGUGCAAAUGCAUUGUAUUUGUAACUGAAUUAAUGAAAAUGUGUGUCUAACUGCUUAAAGGACAAUAAACUUAAAUGCUUAAAGCAUGUGUUAACAUUGA